UCUGUUUGUAAUAAAUGUCGUCAUAUUGUUGUGAAAAGUCUUUAAAAAAUAUUUUUUUUAUUUCUAUCAUAGGAAGCAUGAAAUGUCGUUGGAGAGAUGGUUAGUUUAACAAAGAAAGUAAAUAUAUGGUUAUUAAUAUCAAAUUACUUCAUAACAACCUCUUGACAAGGGAAAAAUAUGCCUUGAAAUAUGAACGGAUUCCAUGAUUUAUCAGAGGCUAAAAUUGCAGAACGCAAUGAACGUGCCAAGAAACUUUAUCGUUAUGUGACUGAUGUGGCAAGACGUAUUGGUGAAUCAACAACAAAAUGUAGCAGUAUUACUGAUCUUUUCUGCAUACAUCUGGAACUACAAAGACAAAAACUUAGGGACAGUUGUGAGAAAUUGUUGUUUUUAGAUCCUAUAAAUUCUGGAAAAAAGGCACUUGAACUUCUUUGGAGAAAAGUGUAUUAUGAACCAGUUGGUUUUUACAAAAAGCUUAGAGAAUCAGAUACAGAAAAUGACUCCCUAGAUCUUUAUUCUCAUAUUAUCAGUGGCAUUGGACAUUUCCAGUAUCUCUUGGCAAGAAUACAAGUAGAGAUGAAUGUUAAAUACAAUGAGUUGGACUAUACCAUAUUAAAGGAAGAUGAAGAAACUGAAGAAGUUGAACAUUCGAUUAACAGUGAAGAGUUACAAAUUUCGCGAUCAGUAACACAUCUGUGUUUAAUUUACUUAGGGGAUUUAUGUCGCUAUCAAGUAGAAAUUUUUCAGUUCAAUGACCAAUCAAUCUCUGCUCGUUAUUAUCUGCAAGCAGCACAAAUGGAAUUAUCCUCAGGAAUGCCAUACAAUCAAUUAGGAAACUUGUACUUAGAUAAAAAUUACAAUUUGGAUUCUGUAUGCUAUUAUAUCCAUUGCUUAAGUUGUGAGUCACCAUUUAGUGGUGCAAUGGGAAAUUUAACCAAAAUAUUUGAAAAAAAUAAUCAGUGUUAUGAAAUGUUUCAAAAUGUUGAUAAUUCUUCACAGACAGAACAUAUUCAGAAUAUUGUUGCAAACUUUUUGUCUUUGAUUGAAAUAUGGUAUUUUUCAAAAAAUGACACAAAUAUUUCCCAGAGGUGCAGUGUUAUUGUACAUCAACUUAAGGUCGCAAUGGAUUUUCCGAAACCUCCCUUACCUGACUUAAACAAAAACUAUACUGAAAGUAUGCAAGUUAUCGAAGAAGAAAAUGUAAGUCCAACAUACUUAAAUGCUAAUCUUGUUAAUAAGAUUGUUCUGAUUUGUUUGUUCACUAUGGCAAAAAUGACAGAGUCUGAUGAAACAAAAGCAUUUGCAUGUAAAGCUUUUACCCUAGCAUUAUUAUCGCAACUAUUACAGAAGUUUCUCAAAGAACUGGAAGCAAUGGGAUUAAGGAACCCUGCCACAAAAUAUAAACCAAAAGUUGCUCCAGCAAUAGAUGCAAAUGUUGAUGUAGAAAAGUUAGAGUUUUCAGAAGAACAUGCUCCUGCACUUGAAACUGAAAAUAAGAAUGAAGGAACAACUACCGCAGAUAAUACACAAGUCAAACAAGUAAAAGCUGAUGAAGAUAUCGAUAAAAUUCAAAAUGGCGAUAAUAAGAAUUCAAAAAAGAUAUCUAAAAGAAGACGUAGGCGGAGAAUCGUCUCAUCUGGAAGUUCUGAUUUGAGUAAUGUUGAAAGUGGCAGCAGUGAAGCAGAUACAGAUGAUUCUAGUUCAGUGGAAGACAAUGUAUCAGAGUCCACUUAUCAAUCUGAAGAUUCUAAUAGUGAAGUUUCGGACCUAGAUGGUUCAGACGUUGAAGAAAUAAUUGAGAAACAAAAUGGUGACAUUGCUAAAUCAGAAGAAGAAUGUGUUAAUAAAUACAAGAAAACUAAUGGUGCCUCCUUGACAGAAAACGUUGUGAAUGAUAACAAGGCUAAAAAUCCUAACCUUGAUGAAAAUGAAAUACAAAACUUUUUGCUUGGAAAUAAUUUAUUAUGCAGUAUAAAAUUACUUCAAGAUUGGAUCCUCACUGAAAAAGAGCUUAUUUUAUCUUGUGGAGACAGUGGGGAAGCUUUGUUUCAGUCUGUAGUGGAUCUUUUGAAUAUUCUUACCCAUUAUUUCAAUACCAAAUCAAAAGAAUCAAGUGAAAUUAAGGAAUGCAAAAUACUAGAUUACUCCAAGCAUAUUGUCAGAAAUCUUAAACUAGAAUAUAAAUCAAUUCCAUUGCCUGAGGAUGUGAAUUUACGCGGAACAAAUAUUUGCAAGUUUGAUAAAAAUGCUACUGAGUGGCAAAUAUUAGAUAGAUUCAAGCCAUCUGUUUAUGAAGAAAACAUACUAAGAAUCUUAAACUUCAUUGAAUUUGGAAACCAAAUUGCUAAAAUUGUUCCAAGAAUCCGUUUUAACCGAUCAAUGAAAAUAUUUUAUGUUAAGAAAACACAAUCCCCAAAAAUUAAUACGAAAGUGGUUCAUAAAAGAAAUAGAGAAUGGCACAAUAGUAAGAAACAACACAACUUUGGAUUGGCUGCACAGAAAAAGAACAAGGAAGAAAGCGAGGGUGGACUGCUGCGUCGCUUAGGCAAGCUAUGGCUGACGUCGCAAGUGCGAGAGUUGGAACGAAGCGGCCGCGCAGCUGUGCCCGCGCUGCUUGCCAUCGACACCGCAGCACUUAACCAGCACUUGCGCCGCGUCAAACAGCUUCUGCGCGCCAGGAAUUUCAUUCUCCUAGUACCAACUGUCGUGCUUCAAGAGCUUGAUGAAUUGAAACGGGAACAAAGCACUGCUCGUGACGCUAUCCGUUGGCUCGAGACGCAGCUGAGAAGCGGUUCACGAUUUCUAAGGGCUCAACGACCCGGCCAGUCACGGCCGCUGCCUCUUCUCAAAUACCCCCGGAAAGCCCCGACCUACGUCCACAAUUUCAUACAAAUACUAGAAUUUUGUAACCAUUUCAUCGGUGAAGAAAGACAAUCCCAAGGAGGCAAUGGAGAUUCUGAAAAUGCACCGGGAAAGUCGGCUCCUCUGCUUAUAUUGCUAGUGGGCAAUGAGCUUGGCAGUACCGAAGAGCAAUACAAAGAGUUUAGCCUGACAGGAGCGGCUGAGACAGCUGGCAUCUCGAUUCAAUACAUUGGAGAUUUCUAUACAAAAUGGCGACACGCUGUCCAUAAGAACGGAAAGAAGAGAUGAAGAUAAAAAUUCGGGGAUCAUCUUAGGAGAUUUGACAGCACCGAAUAGAAAGAACGGACGCUCUUUUGCUUUCGGAAACGAAUCAUCUCAUUCAGAUGUAGGAUAGUGAUUGGAGUUUUGUGUGUUUGCUAUAAUUUGAUGAAUGUAUCAAAUACACAAUAAGAAACGAUAUCCUUCAAGGGUAAGGUUACAUCCAACUGAAUGUAUGGUUCUCAACUAUUUGAAGCUCUGUAAUCUUGUCUUGAUUACAUUGCUAGUUAAUCUUAAUGAGACAUUGUUAUCUUAUGUUUUAUUCAUUAUUAUCAAUUACUCUACCAUUAUCAUCAC